AUGGCUGAAAUUACUUUAGGUAAAUAUUUAUUCGAAAGAUUGAACCAAGUUAAAGUCCAAACCAUCUUUGGUUUACCAGGUGACUUCAACUUAUCUUUAUUAGAUAAGAUUUACGAAGUCCCAGGUAUGAGAUGGGCUGGUAACGCUAACGAGUUGAACGCUGCCUACGCUGCCGAUGGUUACGCAAGAAUCAAGGGUAUGGCCUGUUUGAUCACCACUUUCGGUGUUGGUGAAUUAUCUGCUUUGAACGGUAUUGCUGGUUCUUACGCUGAACACGUCGGUGUCUUACACGUUGUUGGUGUCCCAUCCUUAUCCUCUCAAGCUAAACAAUUAUUGUUACAUCACACUUUAGGUAACGGUGAUUUCACUGUUUUCCACAGAAUGUCCGCUGAAAUUUCUGAAACUACUGCUAUGAUCACUGACAUUGCCACUGCCCCAGCUGAAAUUGAUAGAUGUAUUAGAACCACCUACGUUAAGCAAAGAACUGUUUACUUAGGUUUACCAGCUAACUUGGUUGACUUAACUGUCCCAGCUUCCUUAUUGGAAACCCCAAUUGACUUAUCUUUGAAACCAAAUGAUGCUGAAGCUGAAAACGAAGUUAUUGAAACUGUUUUGGAAUUAGUCAGAGAAGCUAAGAACCCAAUCAUCAUUGCUGAUGCUUGUUGUUCUAGACACGAUGUCAAGAGUGAAACUGAAGAAUUGAUCAACGCUACUCAAUUCCCAUCUUUCACCACCCCAAUGGGUAAAGGUUCCAUCAACGAAAGACACCCAAGAUUUGGUGGUGUUUACGUCGGUACCUUAUCUAGACCAGAAGUUAAGGCUGCUGUUGAAUCUGCCGAUUUAGUCUUAUCUGUCGGUGCUUUAUUGUCUGAUUUCAACACUGGUUCUUUCUCUUACGCUUACAAGACCAAGAACAUUGUUGAAUUCCAUUCUGACCACAUCAAGGUUAAGAACGCUACUUUCCCAGGUGUUCAAAUGAAAUUUGUCUUACAAAAAUUAGUUUCUAAGAUUGGUGCUGCCAUCAAGGGUUACAAACCAGUUGCUGUCCCAGCUGGUAUCCCAGCCAACAAAGAAGUUCCAGCCAACACUCCAUUGAAACAAGAAUGGUUAUGGAACCAAUUAGGUAACUUCUUACAAGAAGGUGAUAUUGUCUUAACUGAAACCGGUACCUCUGCUUUCGGUAUUAACCAAACCACUUUCCCAAAGGAUACCUACGGUAUCUCUCAAGUCUUAUGGGGUUCAAUUGGUUUUACUGGUGGUUGUGUUUUAGGUGCUGCUUUCGCUGCUGAAGAAAUCAACCCAAAUAAGAGAACUAUCUUAUUCAUUGGUGAUGGUUCUUUACAAUUAACUGUUCAAGAAAUCUCCACUUUGAUCAGAUGGAACUUGAAACCAUACUUAUUCGUCUUGAACAACAACGGUUACACCAUUGAAAAGUUGAUUCACGGCCCAACCGCUCAAUACAAUGAAAUCCAAGGCUGGAACCACUUACAAAUCUUACCAACCUUCGGUGCUAAAGAUUACGAAGCCUUAAGAGUUGCUACUACCGGUGAAUGGAUCAAGUUGACCACUGACAAGGCUUUCCAAAAGAACUCCAAGAUUAGAAUGAUCGAAAUCAUGUUACCAGUUAUGGACGCCCCAUCUAACUUGGUUGCUCAAGCAAAGUUAACUGCUGCUACUAACGCUAAACAAUAG